UGGAACUGCAGACGCUGGCGCUGCUGUAAAUGUCCUACUUGCCCGAUUCCUGCCUGCCGUAGGUCGCCGCUAUUUGUUAGGAAUAACGUUAUUGCUGAGCAACUGAGACGUAGCAGCGCACACUGGGCAGGGCUCUGAAAACCGUUUAUCUGCUGCAUUGGAUCACUGCAAAAAUUGCCUGUGGAGAACAGAAAAGGGGAUGACGUAGGGGUGGAGGCUGGAGGAGAGAGAGAGCAGAGAUGAGCCUCACGUCCUGGUUCCUGGUGAGCAGCGGGGGCACGCGCCACCGACUGCCCCGUGAGAUGAUCUUUGUGGGUCGCGAUGACUGCGAGCUCAUGCUACAGUCUCGCAGCGUAGACAAGCAGCACGCAGUGAUCAACUAUGAAUCCACCAGUGAUGAGCACAAAGUGAAGGACUUAGGGAGUCUAAAUGGGACAUUUGUGAAUGAUGUUCGAAUCCAGGAGCAGAUGUACAUCACUCUGAAGAUUGAUGACAAACUGAGGUUUGGAUAUGAUACCAACUUGUUCACUGUGGUCCGGGGAGAGCUUCAUGUUCCAGAGGAGGCUCUAAAGCAUGAGAAGUUCACCAGCCAACUCCAGCUGGGAAAGAAACCCACCUGUGCAGAGCCCCCCAAAAUGCCUAAGUCUUCCCCAGCCAAAGCCGCAGAGAGCAAGGCUGCGGAACCCGUCACUGAGCCUCUUGCCAAACCUGCAGAAGCCAGCAAGGCAGAUGAGAAAAUGCCAGGGGACGUUGCAGCUCUGCACAGAGGAACACCUUUGUAUGGACAGCCAUCCUGGUGGGGCGAUGGUGACGCUGAUGACGAGAAUUCGUUCAAGCAAGAAAAUAAAGCAUCUGGGAAAAAACAGGAGACGCCUGGGGCAGACAGCAAGGAGGCCAAGCGGCCGGAGAAAUCCAAGGAGAACGGCCUGGGCCCUUUAGGCUCGGAGCCUAGCUACUUUGAGAUCCCCAGUAAAGACGGGCAAAUGACAGAGAACAGCAUCCACGAGAUCCCAACCAAGGACACUGAGGGCAAUGCAGCCACAAAGUCUGCCACAGGCAGUGCUACUGCGCAGGCCAACACCUCAUUCACCAUUGAGUUUGACAACACCUCUCCAGGGAAAGUAACCAUUAAGGAUCACGUGUCCCGUCCAAGACCCAAGAAGUCUCAGCCAGGAGGCAAAGAGCUCAGCACCCUGCAGGCUGCCAUCAUGGCCUCAGAGAGCAAGGUGGCCGACUGGCUUGCCCAGAAUGACCCUCCUCUGGUGAGACGUGAGUCCACAGAAGAGGACAGCAAGAGCAUUAAGAGUGACGUGCCUGUCCACCUCAAGAGGUUGAAAGGCAGCAAACAUGAGGACGGCACCCAGAGUGACUCGGAGAACGGCCUGGGUCUGCGCUUUGGGAGUAGACGCCACGCAGCCCUGGAAGAGCGCCUGAAGGCGGCCGGACUGGCCCGAGCUAAAGCCAACGGGGCCGAGGGUGCGCCCGCCUCCAGCCGCACCGCCUUCAUGAUCGAGUUCUUUGACGAGGAUAACCCACGCAAACGCCGCUCAUACUCCUUCUCACAGACUGCGCCGCUUAUUGGGGGUGUGGCGGGGGAGGGACUCUGCCCGGCUCCACCUUCCCGCCCUAAGGUCAUGUCCGCGGAUGGUAGCAGGACCGUGACUUCAGCGCUGGCAGCGGUGGCCCCCACAGCAGCGCGGCUACUGCAGAAGCAGAGGUCAGAGGACCCCGGAUUGGUGCGCAGCUCCCUCAGCACAGGGCAGCCCAGCCCGGGAGACGAGCCGCAGAAGCAGGACGACGACCAGAGCGACAAAGGCACCUACACCAUUGAGCUGGAAAACCGCAACCCUGAGGAAGAGGAAGCCCGCCGCAUGAUCGAUAAGGUGUUUGGGGUGGAGAACUCUCAGGAAACUGCUCGUCCCAAGCAACAGCAAGGUGUUGGGAAAGCUAAAGAGAGUAAGAAGACCAGCAGCACUACAGCUGAGGGCCUUGUGGACGAGUCUGUUGCCGUCGGCAGCCCGCGAUGGGUUUCCCAGUGGGCCAGUUUAGCUGCUAAUCACACUAGAACUGAUCCUGAGGGUUCUGGGGCAGAACCCACAGCCUUCAUCCAUCAAGAGCGAGACGCUGAUGCUUUGGACCCACUGGCAUCCAUAAAGAGCACCGGCUCUGCCACCUCCAGCCAGUGUGAACGGAAGAGGAGGACACUGCCUCAGCUCCCCACUGAGGAGAAGAGCAAGCCAGGCAAGGCCACCUCCGCCCUUGGGCUGCGCUCUGAGAUUGGCGAGAAGCAGGACACGGAGCCCCAGGAGAAAGAGCGCCACAGUGAACACAAAGGGGACGGCGAAUGUGCCCCCUCCACACAGGACACUGUGAGCGGAAAGACCUCCCAGCAGGGUGGGACAGGUGGGAUGCAAACAUCCUCUUCCAAGCCUCCCACACGUCCUGCAGAGAAGCAAGGCGAGGAGGGACGCAGGAGGCGCACUGAGGACAAGAGCAAAGGGAGCGAUGGGGAAAGGAGUGGGAAGCCCCUGGUGCGGCAGGGCAGUUUCACCAUUGAGAAGCCAAGCGGAAACGUUCCCAUUGAACUCAUUCCGCGCAUUAACCGGCAGGUAGGGGGCCGAGAGCGCAGCGACUCGGCCGGCAGCAUGGACACAGCUACCCUGCUGAAGGACACAGAGGCUGUCAUGGCCUUUCUGGAGGCCAAGCUCCGUGAUGAGAAGAAGCUGGAUUCCACAGUGCCCCCUAGCCAAUCUCAAGGACGCUCCAUUUCCCCAGAGUCAGACGUGGACACGGCCAGCGCGGUCAGUGAGGCUGAGCGGAAGGGUGUGCAGAAGCGCCGCUCUCUCAGCAGCCUGCACAAAGAGAAGAGCAACCUGAGCUCUGCUGGGAAGAGUGCUGCGAGCGCACGAGAGCGCCUAGAGAGGAAGGCCAAGACCAAGGUUCCAGACGGCCGUCCAGACACCCGUCGCACCACCCAGACGAUCUCACGGGGCCGUCAGCCCUCGCUAGACCUGACAGACGACGAGCAGACAUCUUCAUUGCCCAUCUCCGACGUGCUCUCCUCCGACCAGGAGACCUAUUCCAGCCGCUCCCACGGCCGCGGUACCUUCACCUCCACCGACGACCUGCUGCAGUCCAAGCUGGACUCCUCCAAAGCUGCCAAAAGCAAGACCAGUAGGAUGGCCCAGCCCAGCACACCUGCUGUAGGAAAACAGCAGGCAGGGCUUCCUCAGCCCCGGCCCACCAGAGCCUCCCUGCUGCGGCGUGCUCGGCUUGGGGACACGUCAGACACUGACCUUGCAGAUGCUGACAGGGUGUCAGUGGCCUCUGAAGUGUCCACCACCAGCUCCACCUCCAAGCCCCCGUCAGGCAGAAAAGCCCCAUCCCGCAUCGACAUGCUGGCCCAACCCAGACGCACCAGGCUGGGCUCCAUCUCAGCACGCAGCGACUCAGAGGCCACAGUUAGCCGCAGCGCAGCAUCACGGGUGUCGGCUGAGACGGCUCUGCGGCUGGGACUGCGCGCCACCAAUCCGGCAGACAGUAAGCUGAACCCACGCCUGCGAGCCAACAGUGUCUCUAAGCUCACAGACACCAAGACCAAAAUCACACCUCCUGUCUCUGGACCUCCAACAGCCGCUAACAGGUGGAGACGCGUGCCUCCAGAAUAUGCCUCCACCUCUGAGGACGAGUUCGGCUCCAACCGGAACUCCCCCAAACACGGGCGUCUGCGGCCGGGCACCACUCUGCGCACCAGCAGACUGAGCGGUACACUCACCGCCACACCGACAGCCGGCCCCGGCGGCAUCGCCCUCAAGCACAGGAUGAGGGAACAGGAGGAGUACAUUCGGGACUGGACAGCCCACAGCGAGGAGAUCGCCAGGAUCAGCCAGGACCUGGCCAAGGACCUGGCCAUCCUUGCGCGAGAGAUCCAUGAUGUGGCCGGCGAGAUCGACUCGGUCAGCUCCUCCGGCACGGCGCCAAGCACCACGGUCAGCACAGCGGCUACUACGCCUGGAUCUGCUAUCGACACCAGGGAGGAGCUGGUGGAUCGAGUCUUUGAUGAAAGUCUGAACUUUCGGAAGAUCCCCCCCGUGGUGCAGACAAAGGCUCCAGAAAUAAAUGGCCGAGGAGUGGAACUGCGACCUCGUGCCCCCGACAGCUUGGACCCCCAGGCUGCACUGCGCAGGCGCACAUGGAAUCGAGACGAGGUUAGGCCGGCGGUGUUAGACAGUUUGCUGCUGACAUCAGUCUCUCAACUGUCCUCCAAAAUCCGCCAGUCUGUGGAUAAAACAGCAGGCAAAAUCAGGAUAUUGUUCAAAGACAAGGACAGGAACUGGGAUGACAUUGAGAGCAAACUUAGUUCAGAGACUGACGUACCACUUCUCAAAACCACUAACAAGGAAAUAUCGUCAAUUCUGACAGAGCUGAAAAGGGUGGAAAAGCAGCUUCAAGUUAUAAAUAUCAUGGUGGAUCCUGACGGAACCCUAGAUGCUCUCACCAGCCUGGGCCUGGCCAGCCCCACCACAUCCAAACCCAAGAGCAGCCCCUGGGAGCCUCAGCCUGGUAACGGAGCCUCAAAACCCACCUCCACCAUCUCACCCAGCCGAGAGCUACCCAGCCUAGGGCUCAACCUCAGCCACACCCAGCCCAGCGCAGGGGGGAGCGUCAUUACCAACAAAUAAACUGAGAACAACUUCCUAAUACAUGACUGUCCACAAAAGAAUGAACCUUAGCUUGUACAUACUGUAUGUAUUCCUCCCUCUGUGCCCUCCAAGAUUGCUACGUGGGAAAAGUCCAUUUUCCCCCCUCAAGUGCACCAGUGAAGGUCACACCUGUGGAUCUGGACCUUGACAUGCAGCGCAGCUAAGCAGACACAGCUGCUGAUGACAGCAGGUGAGAGGCCACUGAGCUGCCACUACAUAUCAUCAUUGGUGUCAGAACCAGCUGUACGUGCUGCAAGUGUGAAUGCUCCCAUCCAAGCAUGCCACAGGUGGACUUUGUUGUGAACUCUUUCAAUUGCAACUCCAGUGCCUGUCUGCCCUGCCCUGUAAGCAAACCCUUCUACUAAUGUCAAGUUCUUAUAUUAAUGAUCAAAUGAUUUCUGCUUUAGAAAUUAGAUGUCGUGUUUGAUGAGAGGGAGCGUUCCCAACGUACUGUAUGUACUGAGUCUGGUGUCUUUGUAAGGUUGGUCUUGUCAGAUUAACAGUCCUUAAGACCAAAGAGAAGACCAAGACUCCAUAACGAGACAGGUUUUCUGCGAGAUUUGAUGGACAAUUGGAUUAGCAGGCAAAUUGAGAGGCAUACAACACUGUAUGAAAGUCAGAGACCCCUUUUCGUUUCUUGAAUCUUUAGUAAAAAAUGGCCUUUAAGUACAAGUUAUUUUUCAGUACUGUGAAAAAAGCAGUACACAUAUACAGGGUGAUUCAAAAAGGUUCACCCGAAUUCAAAAUGAUGUAUUUCACUUGUAAAUCAUUACAGAACAAUGCAGUAAACUGUAAAUGGUUUAAAUGAGCAUAACGUUUAUUAUGUAAUUUUACAAAUGCUCAAUAUGAACCUCCUCCAGCUGUACAGACAACAUCAACGCCAUAGUCAGAUUCAUCCCAUACUCCAUUGAGAAUGUCGAGUGUCACUGUACUCACGGCUCUUUCAGUGCGAUUUCGGAGAUCAUCCACUGUUGUGGAACCAACGACGAACGCUCUGAGCUGUUGGAGGUUCACUGCUGAUGAAAAUCAUGUUAUGACGGAUUCACUCUUAUUGAAGUGGAGAACAACAAACGCUUUCUGCUCAGGGGUCGCAUCUCCUCUCAGACUGAAGGGAGCCAUCUUCCGGUGACAGUCAGAAACACUAUGACCCCCUCUUUCAAUUGGUAUGUGAUUGGUUCCUCGGCGCCUCAUGGGUGUAAAAACAUGGCGCUUUGAAAUCAAAAGAAUCUUUUUGAAUCACGCUGUAUUAAACAGGAAAUUACACUGAAGCCUCGAAAACUAAAUACAUAUUUAUUGCCUUUAUUGCAGCUUCCAUUAUUUUCAGAAGACUUACUUUCAAGUUUCCACGAAAUCUGUUUCCACGGAAUCUGCAGGGAUAUUUUUCAACAUCUCCAAAGUUCAGUCUUAGAAGUUGGUUGCAUUUUCUAUUCUCACAAUCCAAGUAAACACCAAACACUUCAGUAAUUAUGAGGUCUGGCCUCUGGAUUUUCUCCUGUCUCUCAUCAGAUAAAACUGUUCAUCUGAUGGUGACAGUUUUAGUGGGUCUUGCAUGGCUGUUAAGAGUCCAACUUUUGCUGUAUCUUUGAAUCACCUUUUGAACUCCAGCUUUGAAAAGUCCUGUAUUUUCACUUAUUUGCCAUUUCUUUCUCCUUUCUUAUGCACGUGAAUUAUUACAUAUGUAAUCUCCUCAGUAUCUUCUAAAAAACUAAUAACUUUACUUAAUGGCUGUUUGACUGGAAAUUCAAUAAACAAAGGAUGGUCUCUGACUUUUGCGCAGUAAAGUAAAGCAGAAGUAAAGUACAAUUUCAACAACAGAUGUUGUGAAGUUAAACGUGAACCAGUUUACCAAAGCAAGUACAACACUAUGCGCACACUGAGCAAGUUUAAAUUAUAUUUGAUGCACAUAAAUGAGGAUCAUAGAUGCCAUUUUCUUGAUUACACAAAGUGCAUUUUAUGCUAUUAAAAUUAGCAUACAUUAACUCAGUGAUCUUGGCCAUUUAUUUAGAGCCAAAAAGAGAGAAUUAUCAGUGAAGAUCUGCUUCAUUUUUAUCCUUUUGGACUAAGGGAUAGGUACAGUUGUUGAGUACAGGGCUGUCAAAAUAGCUACUGUUACAGUGAAAUCUGCAAGUGACACAAACCUCAUAGGACACAUAUCAUAAUUUAGUUUUUAUCAUAUUAGAAGAAGGUAUUGAAAGAGGAUACAGUAUUAGACAAUGCAUUAGUGAAAUGUUCUAUGGCUGUGUUACUGAGCAUCUCUCAUUCACUAAAACGUUCUCUGGUUGUGCUGAGAUUUACCUGAGCCUUAUAACAAGCAGGCUUUAAUGUUUAUGCUUGCCUACACUUUGAAAAAGUUGCAGAUAGAGUCAGAUAUAAAGCUUUAUAACAGCAGAAAGUCAAUACACUAACUCAAUACAUCCUCUGUAAUCAGAGUGACUUUGUGCGCUUAGGGGUAAGUAGACACCCCGUAAUAAUUGUUGGGCAUUUUGUCAACAUUUUCACGGCACUCAAACUAGCCUACUACUCAUCUUUUUUCAUGAAAGAAGGUGUUCCAGCAUAAAGUGUGUGCGUACUGUAUUAUCUUAAUCCCUUUUCCUCUUGCUGCUUGGCUGUAUUUACGUUAAUGGGGAGGGUGGGGGGUGUAGCCGAACCACUUACCUGGCCUUUCUUUGUGAACCUGUGUGUCGUAGAGAGAGUAUGAGUUCAAGCUAGUGCAUCUGUAAUUAGGAACUGAACCGAUAGUGAAGAUAGGUACAGGACUAAAUGCUUAGUUUUUUGUUUUUGUUUUUGUUUUUCAGUGUUAGGUAAAUGUAUGUUGUCACCAAGUGCCCAGUAAUGGAAAAUGUAGUUCUUGGGCCUUUUAGGAAUGGAAAUCAUAAUGUAGCGUGCUGAAGUUUCAUUUUGCACAUCCUGGACUGAUGUAGGUUAAUAAUGUUACACGUGUUAAACCCAUGCAGGGUACAAAAGGACAUAAUACCAAAACCAUAAGAGUACAUCCUACUGUUCUCUCAUUACAGGACACAUUUACAGUGGGGCGAUUCCCACACACUAAGAGACCCAUCGUUUAGUUUUAACACUGAACAUGUUUUACAGGGUGGGACGCAGCAAACGUGUUUGGUACAGUUUUUAUGUUUUGGGGUUUUUUUUGUCCUUUUUUCGGUUGCUGAUGUUUCUGUAUCAUAUCAUUUUUUUAUUUUGUCGUCAUUUUUGAUAAAUACUUUUAUUUAUUUUUUGUUUGUUUAUUUUUGUUUAAUGCAUUGAACUGUUGCGUCACAUUUUUGUCUUCUUUUUUAAUGGAAUUUUUUUGCGUACUCUCAAUAAAGGAGGAAAUAUUUCUGGACCUUUA